GACAUAGUAUUGCCUCAACUGGUAUUUUCUUUCUCUUUCAGUUUAAAUUUUACUAUGGAAAGAAAUAAUAAACCGUUUGUGAGAAUUGCGGGAUCACUUAUAUAUCCUGUAAUUGUAGACAACAACCGUCUAAAAUUAUUUAACAGUUACCUUGAAAGUUGUUGAAAUACAGAAUAAAAUAAUGUCAUUCUUCUAAUAGUAUAUGAAAAUUACUUAAUUUUUUAGAAGGUAAAAGCUCUAGAUGGUUGCAGAAAUAUGCAUUUAUUUCUGACAUUCUUGUGAGCUAUUGUUGGAGCCUUUGUUGCUCUAUAUGAAUAAGGAAGCUUAGUUGUAGAAAGAGACGAAACAGCACUAAAGUCACAUAAACCUGUUUCUCCACCUCAGUACAUUUGAAGAUUUGGGAAUGUUUUGCUACUUCUGUGGUAGUGUAAUUCCAGAAAUACAAUAUGUUGUCACUAAUCCCUAAGCUAGAGCAUGAAAGAGCUUGGUUUUGGAUUGUGACUCUGUCACUUAUUAGCUGUGUGACCUUGGGCUAGAUAUUUGGCUUUUCUAAGCCUCAGUUUCUUCAUCUGUGAGUAGUAUCUACUUCCAUGGAUUUUAAUGGGACAGUGUUAGCACAAGCUUAGCACAUAGUAAGUGCUUAAAAAGUGGGAUCCUAUUAGUAGUAGUAAUAAAAUUAAUAUUAUUAUGUAUACUCAUAGAAUUUGUAAGCCCCUAUUUUUACCUUUGGAGAUGUAUAUGAGUUUUUUUAUUUGCUUGAAUGUAUUGGUGCAAUGUAUCUAAAAGAUCCUGCUAAAAUGGAAAUAUCCAACUGAAAAGGAAAGAGGAAUUUUUUGUAUUUUAUUUGAAUAUUUAAAUUUGGUUUGUUCUGAAAUGCCCUUCUAAUUUCUUACUUUAACACUUUCAUGUCAUUCUCAUAAAAUUAAUCUGGAAAGGCAAAUCUAGAUUUCUCUUUUCUAGAUAUUGCUUAUUAUAUAGCAGUAAAAUAAUAUGGAUUAAAUUUUAAAGAAUAUAGCAGGAAUUAUACAUCUAAAUGUAUAUUGUUCUCUUAAAAGUAGUCACCCUUGUUACUGACUUUUUACCACAGUGCUGCUCUUAUUCAAAGCUUUUUUUGAUCUUUCAAUUUGGUAUUGCUUUUGGGGCCUAUGAAACAUGUCUUUAAAGUAGGUUAGGUGACAAAUCUGUUUUUUCAGUAUGAGUUUGAUUUUUGCAAAUUUGCAAAAUUAUCAGGUGAAUACAGUUACACUGAGUCAUACUGUUAAAUAUGAGAUUUGACUAUAAAAUUAAAAAGUAGUUCUUGUAGUUUUUAUAAAUUAAAAGAGAAAUGAAAAAAAUUGUUUUGAGCCAUGUUGUGGUUGCUGCAAGAUGUCUGUUUUUCCAAGACAAAUGUUAAGAUAUAAUACUCAUUUGGAUGGAUAAGGUUUUGGAGUUUGUUUAUAUUUGUGUUCACAGAUUUUCAUUAAAAUGUCAUUCUCAUUGGUUUACUUAUAUGUACAUUAUGCUACUGGCAUAUUUAGCUUAUCAAAUUAAAUUCUUUAUUUGCUCUUGUUUUUAAUAGAAAAGUCACUUUUCAGAAUUAGUAUUUCGUCUGUGUAUAAAAUAUCUACUUGGUUUCCGAGAUUCACUGUCAUAUUUUUAAGGUUAGGGACAUUUUAAAUCCAAAGGAUGUGAUCACAACCCGCUUUGAAAAUUCCUCUCCUAGCAAAGAUUUCUGUAGCCAGUCAUGUCUGUCUUCUUAUGAGCUAAAGAAAAAGCCUGUUGUUACCAUAUAUACCAAUGGCAUUUCGACUAAGUGCAGUAUGUGCCAGAAGAAUGCUGAUAUUCGAUUUGAAGUUAAAUAUCAAAAUGUGGUACAUGGUCUUUGUAGUGAUGCCUGCUUUUCAAGAUUUCACUCUGCCAACAACCUUACCAUGAACUGUUGUGAGAACUGUGGGAGCUAUUGCUAUAGUAGUUCUGGUCCUUGCCAGUCUCAGAAGGUUUUUAGUUCAACAAGUGUGACGGCAUAUAAGCAGAAUUCAGCCCAAACUCCUCCAUAUGCACUAGGGAAAUCAUUGAGGCCCUCGGCUGAAAUGAUUGAGACUACAAAUGACUCAGGAAAAACAGAGCUUUUCUGCUCCAUUAAUUGCUUAUCUGCUUACAGAGUUAAGACAGUUACUUCUUCAGGUGUCCAAGUUUCAUGUCAUAGUUGUAAAACUUCAGCAAUCCCUCAGUAUCACCUAGCUAUGUCAAAUGGAACUAUAUACAGCUUCUGCAGCUCCAGUUGUGUGGUAGCUUUCCAGAAUGUAUUUAAUAAGCCAAAAGGAACAAACUCUUCAGUGGUGCCUGUGUCUCAGGGCCAAGUGGUUGUAAGCCCUCCCUCCAGCUCAUCAGUGUCAGCAGGAGGAGGUGACACCUCUGCCACUUCCCCCAGCUCCAUCAGUAGCCCUGCUGCCUCCAGUCUCCAGCCUCUUUCUGAACAGUCCCAGCAAGUUGCUUUAACCCAUAGAAUUGCUAAACUCAAGUGUCAGCAGUGUAACCAUCUGUUUAUCACAAAACCAGAACUUCUCUUCUACAAGGGUAAAAUGUUUCUGUUUUGUGGCAAGUCUUGCUCUGAUGAAUAUAAAAAGAAAAAUAAAGUUGUGGCAAUGUGUGAAUACUGUAAACUUCAGAAAAUUAUAAAGGAGACUGUGCGAUUCUCAGGGGUUGACAAGCCGUUUUGUAGUGAAGUUUGCAAAACCCUCUCUGCACGUGACUUUGGAGAACGGUGGGGAAACUACUGCAAGAUGUGUAGUUAUUGUUCACAGACAUCCCCUAAUUUGGUAGAAAAUCGAUUGGAGGGCAAGUUAGAAGAAUUUUGUUGUGAAGAUUGCAUGACCAAAUUUACAGUUCUGUUUUAUCAGAUGGCCAAGUGUGAUGGUUGUAAACGACAGGGUAAGCUAAGUGAAUCCAUAAAAUGGCGAGGCAACAUCAAACAUUUCUGUAACCUAUUUUGUGUCUUGGAGUUUUGCAAUCAGCAAAUUAUAAAUGACCCUCUUUCACAAAAUAAAGUAAAUAUUUCCAAGACGAAAACUGCUUCAAUGGAGCCCCCUUCUCCAAGGAUAGAUACAACACCAGUUAUAACCAGUGUGGUGUCACUGGCAAAGGUAUCUGCUGCCCAGCCCACAGGGAACACUAACAGUGUUUUAAAAGGUGCAGUUACUAAAGGGGCAGCAGAGAUCACUGAAGAUGGAAGUACACAGACAGAUGCCAUGAAACUUCUAUCUUCCCAAUCUUCCCAACCUCCCAAGCUUUUAAAGAACAAAGCAUUAUUGUGCAAGCCUGUCACACAGACCAAGGCCACCUCUUGCAAACCACAUACACAACCCAAGGAAUGUCAGACAGAUUUACCUAUGCCUAAUGAGAAAAAUGAUGCAGAACUUGAUUCUCCACCUGCAAAGAAAAAAAGAAUAGGUUUUUUCCAGACUUAUGAUGCAGAAUAUUUAAAAGUUUGUUUUAUUAUUUAUCCUGGAUCAAAAGAGAGUUCACCGAGGCCACAGUGUGUCAUUUGUGGAGAAAUCUUACCCAGUGAAAACAUGAAGCCAGCAAAUCUCUCUCAUCAUUUGAAGACAAAACAUUCAGAAUUAGAAAACAAACCGUUAGAUUUUUUUGAACAAAAAUCUCUUGGAAUGGAAUGUCAAAACAGUUCUUUAAAAAAGUGUUUACUAGUUGAAAAGUCACUUAUGAAAGCUUCUUAUUUAAUUGCUCUCCAAAUUGCUGCCAGUAAGAAGCCAUUUCAUUUUGCAGAAGAAUUAAUUAAACCAUAUUUAGUAGAAAUGUGUUCAGAAGUUUUGGGUUCAAGUGCUGGAGACAAAAUGAAAACCAUCCCUCUUUCUAAUAAUACAAUUGGACACAGGAUUGAUGAAUUGUCUGCAGACAUUGAAGAUCAGCUGAUUCAAAAAGUCAGAGAGUCAAAAUGGUUUGCCCUUCAGAUAGACGAGUCAUCAGAAAUCUCAGAGACUGCUCUUCUUUUGUGCUAUGUUCGUUUCAUUGAUUAUAAUUGUAGUGAUAUAAAAGAAGAAUUAUUAUGUUGCAUUGAAAUUCCUUUCCAAAUAACUGGUUUUGCAAUAUUUGAACUAAUAAAUAAAUAUAUUGAUAGUAAAUCUCUGAAUUGGAAGCAUUGUGUUGGUCUCUGUACAGAUGGGGCUGCAAGCAUAACUGGCAGGUGUUCUGGUUUAAGGGCAAAAAUUCAAGAAGUUGCCAUGAAUAAAGUGGCAUUUACACAUUGUUUUAUUCACCGUGAACAUUUAGUAGCAGAAAAGUUGUCUCCAUGUUUACAUGAAAUUCUUUUGCAGUCAGCACAAAUUUUAAGUUUUAUUAAAAGCAAUGCAUUAAAUUCACGAAUGUUAACAAUUUUGUGUGAAGAGAUGGGGUCUGAGCAUGUGAAUUUACCACUUCAUGCUGAAGUACGCUGGAUUUCAAGAGGGAGAAUUUUAACAAGAUUAUUUGAAUUACGACAUGAAAUAGAAAUUUUUUUAAACCAAAAGCAUUCAGACUUGGCCAAGUAUUUUCAUGAUGAGGAAUGGGUUGCAAAACUGGCCUAUUUAUCAGAUAUAUUUUCACUUAUAAAUGAACUAAAUUUAAGUCUGCAAGGCACUAUGACUACUUUCUUCAAUCUGUAUAAUAAAAUUGAUAUAUUUAAGAAAAAGUUAAAAAUAUGGUUGAAGCGCAUACAAGAGAAUGAUUAUGACAUGUUCCCUUCAUUUUCUGAAUUCUCAAACUCAUCAGACUUUAAUAAGAAAAGCAUCACAAGCAUUAUUUUUGAACACCUGGAAGGACUUUCUGAAAUGUUCAAUGACUGUUAUCCACCAGAAGACGACUUGCGUUCAGGAAAUUUGUGGAUAAUUAAUCCUUUUACAGAUCACCAAAAUAGUAAUCUCAGUGAUGUUGAAGAAGCAAAGUUAACACAAUUAUCUUCAGAUUUAGGAUUGCAAGCAAUGUUUAAAUCAAUGUCUGUAACUCAAUUUUGGAUAAAUGCAGAGACAAGUUACCCCGAACUCCAUGAAAAGGCCAUGAAGUUUUUACUACCUUUCUCAACUGUUUAUUUAUGUGAUGCUACAUUUUCAGCUUUGACUGAGUCAAAACAAAGAAAUCUAUUGGUUUCUGGUUCCACUCUAAGACUUGCAGUCACAUCUUUAAUCCCAAGGAUAGAAAAGUUAGUAAAGGAGAAAGAAUAGCAAUGUGCAUAUUGCUUAUCAUCAAAAUCGAAAUUUGUGUUAAAUUUUGUAUGCAGUAAGUAUCCUAAAAUAUAACUUCCUAUGUGGAUUUGUUUUUUCAGUGAUUAAAUAAGUGUUUUAA